AAGAUUUUAUCCUUCCAGAUCUUCUUGAACUCGAGAAUGUGAAAUCAGUGAUGUUUCAUUGUCAUAAAAAUAUGAGAAAGUGACAAGGCAAGGUGCAAUAUUUCUUCAUAUCAAACAUCAUAUGUUAAUCUGUGAUUUCCUGACAAAAUUUUAAAAUGUUGAGUUCUUUAUGGCUUAUCAUCUGUGCAACUUGGAUGCAAGUUGUCCGAGGUGAACUAUUCACAGCUCUUGUUGACCUAGAAGGUCUCCUUGUAACUGAAAGGGAGCUCAUCAACAACAUCAAUGCCUAUCUCCAAGCAGAGGAAGAGAAGCUUCAUCGGGUGAAAAGGUUUCUUAUGCACUAUCAGACUCUACAUGAAGAAGCGAGCAAGAAUGCUCAAGAUUUCCUUGCCAAUCCUGUCAAUGCUUAUCUACUAGUCAAGAGGCUGACAAAGGAUUGGAGGGCUGUGGAGUCAGUCAUGUCUGAAAAUGUUGGCCAAUCCUUUGUGCAGAACAUCACAGGCAGUGAGGUGCUAAGGUUCCCUGAUGAUGAAGACUUAAGUGGAGCUGCCAUCGCAUUGAUAAGGCUGCAAGACACGUACAAAUUGGAAACUGGUGCUAUAGCAAAAGGUCAUCUUCAGGGGGCUCAACUCAGUCAAGAACUCACUGGUUAG